GCGCUCACGCUCGCUCGCUCGGGGCGCGAGGCGCAGCCAGGCGGGCAGGAGAGCGGGCGGGCGGGCCGGGGGCAGCUGCGGGGCCGGGCCGGAGCCGAGGAGGGCCGGACGAGCGCAGGGCGGCAGCACGGCGGCCGUGACGGUGGCGGCGGCGACGGCGACGGCGGCGGGGCCGGGGCCUGGGCCGAGCCCGGCCCGAGGCGUUGCUGAGGGGCUCCUGUCGCCGUCCCUGCCCGCCUCCCUCUUCCGCUCGGUGCAUAGAGUUAAGGACCCACAAACAACCAUGGACAGAAGAGGGGUGGGAGACACGGAAAAUGGCGAAGCCUUCCUGGACCUGAAGAAGCCACCCGCAUCCAAGUCCCCCCAUCGUUACACAAAAGAGGAACUUUUGGACAUUAAAGAACGUCCUCACUCUAAACAGAGGCCUUCGUGCCUUUCUGAGAAAUAUGACAGCGAUGGCGUCUGGGAUCCUGAGAAGUGGCAUGCAUCUCUUUACCCAAGCUCAGGGAGAAGUUCUCCAGUAGAAAGCUUCAAGAAAGAGCUGGACUUGGAGCGACCUCCUCUGAUGCGAAGGACAGCAGAUCCAAGAGAGCGGGUUAAAGAAGAUGAUUUAGACGUUGUUCUAAGUCCCCAGAGGCGCAGUUUUGGAGGGGGCUGUCAUGUCACAACCUCUGUCAGCUCCCGCAGAUCAGGGAGCCCAUUGGAAAAGGACAAUGAUGGUGUUCGAAUGAUUGGAGGUCGUAGGAUCGGCAGUGGGAGGAUCAUCUCUUACAAAGACCACCGAAGUGGGGACAAAGACUUAAGGGACUGUAGAGACUCAAGAGAUCGGGAGAGAGAUUAUAAGGACAAGCGUUUCCGGAGAGAGUUUGGUGACAGCAAACGUAUAUUUGGAGAGCGCAGAAGAAAUGAUUCCUAUACAGAAGAAGAGCCAGAGUGGUUUUCAGCUGGACCCACAAGUCAGUCUGAAACCAUUGAGCUCACUGGCUUUGAUGACAAAAUUCUGGAAGAAGAUCACAAAGGGAGAAAAAGAACGCGGCGACGUGCCAUGUCUGUGAAGGAAGGAAUAGUUUCAGAAUACAAUGGAGGCGUUGCAGAAGAGGAUGAAGUGGAGGUCAUUCUUGCCCAGGAGCCCGCUGCAGAUCAGGAAGUGCCCAGGGAAGCAGUGCUGCCUGAACAGUCGCCAGGAGAAUUUGAUUUUAAUGAGUUCUUUAACCUUGAUAAGGUGCCAGGCCUGGCCUCGAUGAUAGAAGAUGUUCUCGGAGAAGGUUCCGUCUCUGCCAGCAGAUUUAGUAGGUGGUUUUCCAAUCCUAGUCGAUCAGGAAGUCGAUCCAGCAGCCUUGGGUCAACACCUCAUGAGGAAUUGGAGAGACUUGCAGGUUUGGAACAAGCAAUUCUAUCCCCAGGCCAGAACUCAGGAAAUUACUUUGCUCCUAUCCCAUUAGAAGACCAUGCAGAAAACAAGGUGGACAUUCUAGAAAUGCUUCAGAAGGCCAAAGUGGACCUAAAGCCCCUCCUCUCCAACCUUUCUGCCAACAAGGAAAAGCUGAAAGAAAGCUCGCAUACAGGGGUUGUGCUUUCGGUGGAAGAGGUGGAAGCUGGGCUCAAGGGCCUGAGAGUAGACCAGCAAGGGAAGAGUGGCCCACCCUUCCUGGCUGAGCGUGCAGAGGAGGCCCUGAGUGCCGUGGCCAGCUCCCGGCCGCUCACAAAAGACGGUGACAUGUCUGCCUUUAACAAGCUCGUGAGCACCAUGAAGGCCAGUGGCACUCUGCCAUCCCAGCCCAAAGUCAAUCGAAACCUUGAAAGCCAUUUGAUGUCCCAUGCUGAGAUUCCCGGGCAACCUCUCCCUAAGAACAUCUUACAGGAGCUUCUGGGUCCACCAGUUACAAGACCUGCUUCUUCUCAUCUCCUGAGUGGCCUUAUGGGGAGUCUGGAACCAACAGCAUCCUUGCUGGGCCAGAGAGCCCCCUCUCCUCCCAUUUCACAGGUGUUUCCAACUCGAGCAGCCUCUGCAGACUACUUGCGCCCUAGGAUACCCUCACCCAUUGGUUUUGGACCCAGUUCUCAGCAGUUGCUUGGAGAUCCAUUUCAUGGAAUGCGCAAAUCGAUGAGUCCUGUUGCUGCCCAGAUGAGCCAGCUGGAGCUGCAGCACCCUGCCUUGGAGGGACUCAACCUGCCUCAUGAGGUAGCCAUGCAGGCAGCAGCCAGCUUUUACCAACCUGGCUUCGGCAAACCCCAAAUGGACAAAAGCAGAGAUGGCUUUAGGAACAGGCAGCAGCGUGUGGCCAAGUCGCCAGCCCCUGUGCAUCGUGGGAAUUCAGCAUCUCCUGCUCCCACUGCUGCUGUCACCAGCAUGCUAUCUCCUUCCUUCACUCCUACCUCAGUGAUCCGCAGGAUGUAUGAAAGCAAAGAGAAGAACAAAGAAGACCCUAUUUCUGGAAAACCAGCCAGUGAUGGGAAAGAAGAAGGCCAGAGGGCAAAUGAAGAGAGCCUUCUGUUGAGUUCCAUGGCGAAUUCUGACCGAGACACUUCCCCUACCAUGAACCCGAAACUCUCCACGCUGCAGCGAUCUGCAUCUUCCACCCCCCUGUCCCAGGCCAGCCGCUACACCAAAGAACAGGACUAUCGGCCUAAGGCAGCAGGCAGAAAGACUCCCACCCUGGCCUCCCCAGUGCCAGGGGCACCUUUCCUACGUCCUGUCCACCAGGUCCCGCUUGUCUCCCAUGUUCCAAUUGUUCGGCCUGCUCAUCAGUUUCACCCGGGACUGGUCCAAAGGAUGCUGGCCCAGGGGGUCCAUCCUCAGCAUCUCCCAACGCUGCUUCAAGCCGGUAUGCUUCCUCCUGGGAUGGACUUGUCUCAUUUGCAGGGAAUCUCUGGCCCUCUCCUGGGGCAACCCUUUUACCCCCUCCCUGCAGCCAGUCACCCUCUCUUGACCCCUCGCUCGGGGACCCCCCUGCAGCUCGCGGUGAUGCAGCAGCAGCUGCAGCGGUCAGGGUGCACGUCCCCCAAUUUAGGCCCGGCCUUGACGCUGUUCCCGAGGCUGCGCCCACCCCCUCACGGCCAACUCUUUGUCUCCACAGUCCUCCAUCCCCCGGGCUCUGGCUCACAGGGAACAGCCAUUGGUGUCCAGACGCCCCCCCAGAACCUGUCGGGCCGGCCGGGCCUGCCCCACAUUCCCCCACAGCUGGAGCACCGCCCCAGCCAGAGGAGCACCUCCCCUGUGGGCUUGGCCAAGUGGUUCGGCUCAGACGUGCUGCAGCAGCCCCUGCCCUCGAUGCCCUCCAAAGUCAUCAGCGUGGAUGAGCUGGAGUAUAGGCAGUGAAGCCGAGCGAGGAAGGGGCGGCAGGCGCCAGGAGCACCUGGGCUCUUGGCCGGGGCUCCAGCAGGACCGGCUGCUCCCCAGCUGGGGCUGGCUGGGGGGCUGGUUGGGGGCGCUCUCUGCCCCGCUUUCCGAGAACCUUUGGCGAGCCAGCGUGGCUGGGGAGAGGAGCCCCUCGAGAUCGGAGGGUAGGUGGCCUGGCCUCGCCUCCAGCCUCUCCAGAGCCCUUUUGUCUUUGUUUUUGUUUUUUUGUAAGAUAUGUGAAUGAAUGAAGUGCAGGUGACCUCGCUGAGAGGUGGCACCUAAGGGUUUCUUCUGCAGAAAUAAAUGUAUAGACCCUCAUGUACAGACUUGUGUAUAAACCACUUUUGUACAUACCGACAGGAUGGCUUUUUUGGAACUUCAGCUGUACAUAAAAGUAGCCAGAUUCCUCCGUUAAGCUUUGUUGUGUCUGCACUCGGGAACUUUCAUUUCAUGUACAUCCAGGACUUUCUUCCUUGGGUUUUUCCCCUCUUUUUUCCUUUGUUUGAUUAAAGUUGCAUAUGCCAAGCGUGUGAGUGGAAUGAAUGAAGUAGCCCUGCCUCCUCUCCUCCCCGUCUGUUUGGGUCAGCCUCAGCCAGCUGGGGAUGCCGUGGAUGGCACCAGCUCACACUCUGGGGAGGGAAGGGGGAGCCCCUUUGUUACAGGGACCCCGAGGAUGAAAGCCUGCUGGGGGCGCCUCCCACUGACUUCGAGGACAGUGACAGAGAAGAGGAAUGGAUGACAUCUGCCUUCAGCCCCCGGCCCCACCUCCCGAGUCUCCAGCCAAGAAUCAAGUCAGGACUGGCCCCAGGGAAGGAGGGGGUGCCUGGGGACGUCUCCCGAGGGCAGGACCCUGGCCCCUUUUUAGCAUUCGAAGCAGAACUAGCCCUGUAGAGGAAUGUGCCACUGAGCCCCGCGUGCCGUGCUGUCUCCAAGCUCCUGUGUAAGGUCGUUUUCCUCAUUGUCUGUAAAUAAAGCCAAUUCGACCA